UCCGUUUCCUCCACAUCCCGCGCGCGUGACUCAGACUGCUGGGUCAAGCACUCACGAGUCUCGUCCCUCUCCUUCCAAUCGCACGCUUGUCGCAAUCCGUGCACCAUGGAUCCGCCUCUCGUACCUAAGCCUCCAGACUGACACUCGCAGGGAUUACCUCUUAAUUCAGCUUGCAUGUACUAGUGGACACAACGACUCGGAGCCUUCAACGACCACAGUCGAAGCUGACUAGGCUAUAAAAACAACCGAAUGCUGAAAUUGUCAGGAAUUGCCUACCUGUAAAUCGGGCGUUCAGUUUUACCCAGUUGCGGCUCCGGUCUUUCAAUCAAGACGUAACAAUGUCAGACGAUCCAAUCACCAUUCGCCUCCCUGCCGACCCCCCAGCUGGAAAUUCCCUGAAUGCCGCGGCGGUCAGCAGUCUCGCGAAGCCGUGGCGUGUCAGCCCGGGAUUGCAGCAAUUCACUCCGCGAUUCCAGGUGGGACGAGUGCUGGGCGAAGGAGCCUACGGCGUCGUGGAGAUCUGUCACGAGCGACGCUCUAGGAUCUCGCCAAGUGGCAGCCCCACGGUACACGCGUGUCCUUCCGGCAACGCAGCAGCAGUUUUUCAGGAGUACACGAAAGCCGAAGCUUUUCGCCUUGCUGGCGAUGACGACCGCGUGGGCGAAAGCGGCGACGUGGGCGAGGCUUUCGCGUGCAAGACUGUGGAGAGAUCGGGUAACAGCGAGGAGGCGUGGAAGGCGAAGGCGACGGCCCUGCGACGGGAAAUGAAGGCGAUGAAGCACCUCGGGAGGCACCCGAAUAUCGUGGGAUUGAAAGGCGUGUUCGCCAGCGUGGAUCGCCUGCGACUGGUGAUGGAGCUGUGCGACAGUGGUGACUUACUCACGCUUCUUCUAAAACAGAACGGGAACACGGCACAGCCUAUGCAGCAGCAGCAGCAGCAGCAGCAGCAGCAGCAGCAGCAGCAGCAGCAGCAGCAGCAGCAGCAGCAGCAGCAGCAGCAGCAGAAUACAAAGGAACGGACUGAGCAGCAGAACCAGAAGCAGAAGCCGGCAAAAUCCCUGACCUCUUGGUCAUUCCUGAAAAGGCUCUCCUCUUCUUGCUUCAGGAAGAACAGAAGCGGCAAGUUGGCUGGGGAACUACCAGCCGGCCUUCCGGAACACUUGGCGGCCGGCAUUUUUCGGCAGCUUGUGACAGCCGUGCAGCAUUGCCACUCUCGCCAUGUCAUCCAUCGUGACAUCAAGCUUGAGAACGUCUUGCUGACGUCAGUAUCCUCUGCCUCUGACCACUCCGGGAUUGACACAUGCCCUUUCACCGUGAAACUGGCGGAUUUUGGCAUGGCGAAUAUCCUCAAACCGUCCGUGGGCUUCACAAUGGGAAAUGUCGGAAGCGGUGUGUAUAAAGCACCUGAAGUGCUGGAAGACAGCUUCUACAGUACCCCAGCUGACGUGUACAGCCUCGGGGUUGUCCUGUAUGCGCUUCUGACUUCGAAAUUCCCAGAUACUGGUGCAAGCACAGGCAUGGUGAAGCAUGCAGAUCCGCGAGACUUGGUUGAGAAUGAGUUCACUGUGAAUGUGUCAUCAGGUGCCAAGCAGCUCAUCGCAGCAAUGCUGAGUACGGAUCCCAAGAAACGACCCACAUGUUCAGAGGUGCUGCUUCAUCCAUGGGUGCAGCAAGGCAGGGAGUCAGGUUGAUGAUGACUGCCUGAAUCCAUGGCUCUGUUGCUGCCAUUGGAUCAGCGUGGCAUGGGCUGGGCUCUCAAUGUGCAAGGGCCCAUACCAUGACAAUUUUGGCCAGCCAGGUGUCAAACAUAACUUAGUAUGUUAUUGUAGACUAUAUAGGUUUGUGCCUUAGAGGGUACAACACACUACUAUAUUCCCUUGUACUCUCUCCUUCUAGUCA